CAAAAAUAAUCAAUAAACAUCAGUACAGCCAACAUACAACAUUGUAGAAAUGUCAAAAUAGUAAACAAUCACAUUAUUUAAACUAUGUGAUUUAAACAAAAUCCAAAAUGUGUUCAAAUGUUACUGCUUUGGAUUUUCCAAGGAUAUGUCGACUCUGUUUAAAAAAGGAAUAUUCGAGGGACAUAUUUGAAGUACCUGAGUACCUAACAUUGAUCCAGAACAUAACUAAUUUAAAGGUUCAAGAAAAUGAUGGCUUUCCAACAAAUAUAUGCCAGCAUUGUUUAAACAAACUAGGAGAUAUUUCUGAAUUUGUUCAAAUGUGCGUAGGAAACUAUGAUGUUUUACUACGUAUACAUGAAAAUAACAAAAUUAAGACGGAGUUACUGGAAACAACAUUGAAUACUAGUGUAAUGUUGAAAGCAGAAAAUGGAAAUGAUAGUGAUGUGUCAUUGAAAUCUGACCUGUGUUACCCUGAUCAAGUUUAUUCAGAUUCAGAAAAUGAAGAACCUAAGCCAAAACAGGUUACCUGUAAACUAUGCCAAAAAUCAUUUAAAACUUGGUAUAAACUACAAGUUCAUCAAAAGAAAGGAUGUCCAAUGGCCGAUGUUAAAACAGUGGCAUACAUAUGCCUCAUAUGUGAUUGGGAGGGCGGUACAAAAUCUGCGUUAAGGAACCAUGAAAGGAAGGAGCAUACAGAGAUUGUGGAGAUUUCCGAAGGCGUAAGUAAAAAGAAGUGGAAAUGUGCAAUAUGUUGCAAAUUAUUUACUAAAAAAAUUGAUUUACAAAGACAUAGAAGGGUACACACAGGCUUAAGGCCGUUUAUUUGUGUCCUUUGCGAGAAGGGCUUUACACAAAAAAGCACACUUGAGAGGCACAUGAGUUCUUUACAUUCGAAUCAAGAAGAAAAAUACAAUUUUGAGUGUUACAUUUGUGAAAGGAAGUUUGUGAGAAAGGACCAUUUAGAGGCACACAUGCACAAUGUGCAUAUCAAAAGACAGAACGAUGAACCGUUGGAAAUUGAAUAUUAUACAAGCUCUAAAAGUUGUAAAUUGUGCUCCAAGUCAUUCAGCAUAUUCUCUUAUUUACAUAACCACCUUAUGAUAGUGCACGAAGAAACAAAACCUCCAAAACCGAAACCGAGAGAAAAGAAAAUAAAAUUCGAACAUUCCUCAAAUCUGUGUAGUAUUUGUGGAAAAUCAUUUGAAAAGAGAAAAACUUACCAGAUGCACAUGAAUAGAAAACAUUCAGAGAAGAAAUACGAACAGAAACCUAGAAAAGUUGUAGCGAAAAGGGAUAAAUUUCAGUGUUGGCAUUGUGGGAAAAUAUUUACUACUCAGUCUAAUCUUACAGUACAUAUCCGGAUCCAUACUGGGGAAAAACCAUACCAAUGUGGAUUUUGUGCUCAAAAAUUUGCUGCUUAUUCCAGUUGGCACGAACAUGAAAAUAUUCACACUGGAAAAAAACCUUUUCAAUGUGUGCACUGCAAGAAAGCUUUCAAACAAAGAGGAUCGCUGAGGAAACACAUGAGGUCCUCUGUACAUAGAAAACCAGUAGAAGAAUUGAUAUCACCGGAAGUUCAUAAUAUAAGACAAAUGAAUUCACUUGAAAAUAACGUAAAAGAGGAUUUUAUGCAGGCUAACGAAAACGUAAGACAGAUACAAAUCGCGCAUUCCGUUCUAAACUGUAGCAACUCAAAAUAUUAAAAUUUUACACAAAAAAGAGCGAAAACAAAAUAUUUUUUUGUAAGCAUUUAUUA